UAUUUUUCCAGUUUGUUAACACGUGUCAAUAAGGUUAAAAUUUAUUUAUCUAAUUUGUUUAAAAAAAUUAAAUUUAUAAUUUUUUGUAAAAAUUACUAAUCACUAUUUAAGUUUAAAUAAAAAUAUUUUCCAAAAAAAAAGUGAAACAAAAUGAGCUGUCAAAAGGGAAAUUCGGCUCGCUCGAGACCGCAGAAGCAUCAGAAUAGACACGCAUUUAAAAAUAAUUUGCACGACACCUCACAUACGACAAAGGCGAUAAACAAAAUCCAGGUUGUCAACGUCUGUGAAAAGUGCAAGAAAGUUAUCGAGUGGAAGAUAAAGUACAAGAAGUACAAGUCGUUAAAGGCUCCGAGUAAUUGCUGCAAGUGUGAGCAGAGGUGCGUUAAACAUGCGUAUCACAUCAUGUGUGGACCCUGUGCCAGUAAGCACGAGGUCUGUCCCAAGUGCGGGGAAAAGACUGAGGUUGUCAAGCCCACUGUCGAGGAUAAACCUCUGACGCUCGACAGGGAACUCAGGCUGAUGCUCAAGACCUUGCCUGAGAGGCGUAGGAGGACGUUUAUGCGCUACAUGAAUAGAAAUGGUAUCAAAAAAGAUGCGGCCCAACCGAGAGAUUCCAAGGAUGAUCCAGAAGAAG